GGAUUUGUCGGAUGAGAAGGGAAACUUCUUGGAACAAGCAGAAGAGUCCAGCUGCGAUCGAUUCAAUGUCCUGAGCUGGACCAUUGAGAAUAUUAUUCAAAGUCUUGGAAUGGAAAAGCGGAUUUGUCGAACGCUCAAAUGAUUUCCCCUGAUCGCGUCUCGACUUCCGGAAACACCUUGACGUAGACCCGCCCCGUCCGGAUCGGCUUUUCUUCCGGGUUUACCUGAGCGACGAAACGAAUCGACAAGACCGAAGAGACGAGCGGAGGACCCGGGAGGACCUGUGUCAAAUAUCUCAACGCGGAGCUGCGAUUGCAGGCGAGCGCCCGACGACGGCCGGGAAUGGCUGAAAGCAUGAAAACCGAGCUGGUCAGCGCCAUCUACCUGCAGGAGGCAGAACAGUCUGAGCUGCAAGACGUGGAAAAAGAACAAACGUACACGGUGGAGGAAGCGGUGGAGCACAUCGGAUUCGGGAGGUUCCACGUCUUGCUCUUUGCCAUCAUGGGAAGCUCCAACAUUGUGGAGGCCAUGGAGAUCAUGUUGCUGGCGGUGGCGUCUCCCGAGAUUCGCUGCGAGUGGCGUCUGGACGACUGGCAGGUGGCCUCGGUGUCGACGAUGGUGUUCUUCGGCUUCAUGGUGUGCGGCGUGCUCGGCGGCUACGUGGCAGACAAAUACGGCCGCUGGAAGGUGGUUUACGGAGGUUUCGCGUGGAGCGCCUACUUCUCGCUGCUCACCUCCUUGGCGCCGACCUACUCUUGGUUCAUCUUCCUGCGCAGCAUGGUGGGCUGCGGCGUGGCAGGAGUCUCGCAGGGGUACGUGCUGAAGACGGAGUUCAUCCCAGCCAAGUAUCGGGCCGUCCUGCUGCCCUUGGCCGCAAUCUUCUGGAUGUGCGGGUCUAUGCUGAUCAUCGUGCUGGGAUUGCUGGUGGUUCCUACGCUGGGCUGGAGGUGGAUGAUCCGGAUCUCCGUGGCCCCGAGUGUCAUCCUCCUCUACCUCUUUAAGUUCAUUCCCGAGUCGGCGCGCUUCAACGUGUCUGCGGGGAACACCGCGGCCGCCGUGGACACGCUCAAGUGGAUCGCAGAGAUGAACAAGGCGUCUCUGCCGCCCGGACGUCUGGUGGAGACGCCCGUGAAGGAGAGAGGAAGCUGGAGGGUUCUGCUCAACUCCACCUUCCGGAGGACGUCCUUGCUGCUUUGGUACUCGUGGUUCGUGGCGUCCUUCGCGUAUUACGGCUCGGUCCUGAGCAGCUCGGAGCUUCUGGAGAAGAAUUUGUUGUGCGUGACCGACGGGGACCGAGCGCAUCAGGUCAAACACCGCCUUGAGGGCGGGCAGUGUUACUGCGUCCCCUUCGCAUCCAGCGACUACCAGACGCUCCUCAUCAGCUGCCUGGGCGAGGUUUCACUCAUCCCAGUCAACAUCCUCCUCCUGAACAUAUUGGGUCGGCGGCAGACUUUGAUGGUGUUGCAGGCAGUGUCGGCCUCCUUCUUCCUGAUGCUGAAUAUCUGCACGAGCAUGUUCGGAUUCACGCUUCUUUUGUUCCUGCUGCGCUCUAUGGUCUCCAUGAACUUCACGGCGGUUUACAUCUACACGGCAGAGGUGUACCCGACCGUAUCUCGUUCGCUCGGCAUGGGUUUUUGUACGUCGGUGAGCCGCCUUGGCGGAAUGAUUGCUCCCUUUAUUGCACAGGUGCUCAUGUCACAGUCGGUGAUUCUGGCACUGAGUCCGUUCAGCUUUGCGUGUGCGCUGUGCGCCGUGGGGAGCUUCCUGUUGCCCAUUGAAACAAAAGGUCGAGCGCUGCUGCAAAUAGCCUGAUGAUUCCCUCUGGCGCGUCUGCCUCACGCCGAAGUUCUCGCUUGGCUUGGACUUUGACCCCCCCACCCCCCACCCCCAUUCCAAAUACACGCGCCAGCUUGGUUGACCCGGGAAUCGACGGCUGCCGCAAAUGCCCGUUGGACACCGGCCGGCGACCAAUCUGUCGAGAUUUGCCGACCAAGAUGGACGAAUUCUCCUAGUUGCAACCGUUGACAUCAAAUAUUAGUAAUGGCUGCAUUUGCACGGAAUGGUGCGUAAAUAUCACCGAUGCCUCUUUCCUGUACAGCUUUUUCAAAUUCAAAGGUACCUUUAAUGGGCAUGAGCGUGAAGAAGGAGUUUUGAAUGUAUUUUGUGAUUGUGGCGAAUGAUCUGACCUGUGAACUCUGAACUCUCCAUUCCUGCUUUGAAGGCAGCCUCCAAACAAGCAAGUGGUUCCUCUUCAACUCAAUCUUUUGAACUAACCCCACAGAUCCUUUUUUUUCCGUGCUGACCAUCAAUUUUGAAAUACAGAAGAAAAAAAAAAAAGAUAGUAAAGCGAUGUUGGAAGUAUUUUGGCGUAUGCGAGUGAGCCAUUGAUGUUUUUGCACUUUUUGGGUUGCUCUCCUUUUGAAGUGCAUCCAUUGACUUCCGUGCGUUUACGGGCCGGUUCGCCACAUCCGAUUUGGCGGAGCCGCUGCUCUCUUAUCGGACCUCGACCUGCUCGAGACGGGCUCGGCGAUGCGUCAUUUUGUGUGUGGUUGCAACCCUCCCAAAAGGUGACAAUGUGCGUUCAACUAUUAAAUACAUUUAACUUUUUAUUCUGAAAC